CGGCGCCAUCUGGCUUGACUCUGACCGUCUUUGCCUUCAUUUGAUUUCCUCCUCAUCUGAUUUCUCUUUCCCUUUCUCUUCUCCCUCGGCCCUCUCUAUCAUUCGGAGGAAGCCCAGUGUAUUGGCUCUUACGUAUCUAGCAGCUUGCCUUGGGCCUUUGGCAUCACAUCUUGUCCUCGACUUGUGCGCCGUCUGCAAGUAGUAAGCUGCUGUCAGAGGCCAUGAGCCUUACGGAGUACAUGUCACUUCAAGAUGCUCUCUCAGCUUAUCCUUGCUUGGCCCAUUCCAAGCGCGAUGACCUUGCCAUUGUGACCUUGUGCUGCACCACCCAGUGCUCCCGCUGUAAAUAGUCCUCUUCACGUUGAGACUCAAAUCUUGGUGCAUGUGUACAGAAUCCUGCUGAACUGUCUGGCCACUCAAACAAGCGGGGCGAAGCGCUGGCUGCAGGUGCAAAUCACUCGACCACGUCUUUUUGCGUCGCCUCACCAAGAUUAAUCUGCCUUCGUUAGUUGGCAUAUUGCAGACGUCCCUCCUCCUCCCUCUUGGACGCCGGAUCAACCCAUCGAUUUUUGCAUCAUAAGACAUAUUCGAACCGUCUCAGUCUUGAACUGAAGAGCAGAAUAAGAUCUUGCUGCUAAGCUAGGUGGUGGCGUCCGCUAUGGUCUCACAGCCGACAACACAAACGUAUGGGUCCGCGUCAAGAACGUGCUAAUGAGGCUGCGCGUAGGCAGCGCGCCGAGUCCAACAACACGUUGAAUAAGUUCCUAGGAGGAUCAGCUCGGCGAUAUUCAUGGCUGAACGGCGACGUGAGUGCUGUUACUCAACGACGGCAAGCCGUCUUGUCGUUAACUCCUGCUCCGUCGCAAAUUCUUGAGACAGGUGCAUUUAGCACCGUCGGCAGUGAAGCUGACUCCUCGACAUCUGCUCCUCCGGCUUUGGCUGAUAACACAGUGGUGGAUCGUCGCUUAUCCCGAACGACUUCAUCAUCUACAGGCCCUCCGCGGGCUACUUUACCGGCGAGCGCGCACGUACCUGAUGCAGCUGCAACACCAGAACCCCCAGCACAUCGCCAGUCCUCCGGACGGGGUGCAUGUCCCUCAGACACCUUGGCUAAGAGAAAGGAAGCGGAUGAUCAUGUACAAGUUGUGCCACCCGCUAAACGCCUCUCGAUCAAUACCUCGACAUCGAGCUCGGUCAAUACUCUUGUUCAAGGCGAAGUUCCUCGCGCAAGUCAAACACCACAUACAAAUCAACAUUGGCCGUCCACCAGCCAGCCUACAAGCGCAGUUGUAACCGAACAAUCGCAACCUCUUCAUCAAGACUCAAGUCCUGCAGCUGUCCAAUCAGGUUGGCAACAAGGUUCUUUCACACCUGUCCCUCAUUAUAACGGCCAACAGACAGAACUUCCCUCUCGCAACGAAGUUCCUGUAGAAACAUAUACUUCUACUGGCUCCCCUCUUAACACAAGCGCACAAUGUAUGCAGUCAAUACCUACUACCGCUGGGUCACCGUCAUCAACAAGCCCUGCCGUGCAGAGUCCAACUCUUGCAUCUCUGGUUGCUGGAUGGUACUCCUUGACACAAUCCCAACGAGGCCCACGUAGUGGACAUAUGUCACCAAAUGAGGCGCCUUUGCAACCAAUUCUACCACGACCCCUACUGCCUGUCAUCUUGCCCUAUUCACGUGUAAACUGUGCAAGCUGCUUGAAUGAAUACAUUCAAUUCCGAAACCUAAACAAACUCCCGCCUUUGCAAGGCUUAGAGGCUUCAAGAUUCGAACUUUUGUCGCGAGCCGUUAACGAAGAUGAUUCGGGUUUCUUAUUCGUCCAUCAAAUUGUAUCGCUGUGUGCUGCAGGUUUCGAAAAUAUACCCACCGUGCUGCGAACCCACCCAGGAUUCACAGAAUGUAUGUUGCUGAUGAACAACCUUCUAGCUGGCGGCCAAAUCGAGAAUCCUGAACUUCUCGAAUUCUUUGGGAGAUUUCCGUGUACGCUUGGAAGUCUUGCUAAGGAAUAUUCAGAGAGCUACAACAUUCUGACUAAUUACGUCAGGACAUUGUCCAAUAUUCUACCAACUCGCUGGGCAGUUCUAAAACAAACAUGCAUGAAACGUGGAUACCCGCCACUGGCUACUGAACUCUGGGAAAUGCAGAUUUACUCACCCAUACUCAUGGACGUCUUUUUCUUGGCGUUACUGCGCCAGCUUUGGGCAGGCAACGAUGAAUUCGGGCGACAGGUCCAUGAGAUGGCGAAGUGCCUUUUCCAUCAAAACAAGGGUAGCAUAUACCUGUCACUUACGAAUGGAUGGCUUUCUCAAGAGAUGACGACCCGUAUCACAUUACUGUAUCGUCGAAGAUUCUCCGCCUUCGCUCAGCGAGUAGAGCUGCGUAGGCUUCGGCGUGUAAACUCGGCCACAUCCUUAACUAUCUCCUCAGAUACCAUUCCAUUCGCAGGGAGUCAGACGAGUGUUCAACUUCCCAUGCCACAAGGACAAAAUUUGCAACAUCCUCCCCAUAAUCAACCGCGCAGUAACGACCGUAAUCUUCCACAAAAUGCCGUGACACGAGAUCUUGUCGAUCCAAUGGUCCAGCCUGCGCAGCUAAAUACACCGCUUAUUCCGCCGACAGGAACAUCCGGUCAAGAUCCGGUAGCGGCGGGUACCUGGCAGACAUCUGCUCUUCACCAAGCUCACUUGCGCGACCCGCGCUUUGUAGACAGUCGAUUAGCCAAACCCGAAUCCGAACUUUUAUACCAAUUCGUGCACGGUUUUGUUUUGGGCCCAUCACGCCUUGGCGGGGACUUGUAUCAGAAAAUCUCGUUCGUUAUCCCAGAGAACGAACGCGUGGCUAAAACUGUAAACACGGAUGAUGGACAACGAAAGUUGAGACAUUUGGAAGAAGGGUGGAAGCAAUACCGUCUGCGAUUUGUCAAAGUCGGCGAAGCCUCUGCUGGGGUUGAAAACCUUGCGGAGGACUGGACACUCAAAGCAACAUCUUGGCCAUCACACUAUUAUUAUCAGUUCAACGGUCAUAUGCUGGAGACUAGGCGAAAGCAGCAUCACACAAAAGAUCUGCCUAUAGACAUUACUGACUUUGUACAGCCAGGUGGUUUGGAGAACACUCUCGAGAUAUUCAUGAACGUUGCCUUUGAUCAUCCAUCUAUCUCUCUGUAUGCAUAUGCAGUCGAGAUUGUGGACACAUGGAGUCAUAAGACUAUCUUAGAGAAUUGCAAAAGACACGUGAUCUUGAGCGAAGACAGUCUUGGGGCCAUCAAAAGCAGCUUACUUCUGCGAGCAUCCGGAAAUGAUGACGAUGUUAUCAUUGAUGACGCAAAAAUAAACAUUACGAUAUACGACCCUAUCAGUCAGGGUAAGAUAUGCGAGAUGCCUGCGCGCGGCAAACAUUGCAAACACAGGGAAUGCUUCGAUCUGCCCAUCUUUCUGCAAAGCCGACCUCGUGAGAGGUCUGGAUGGCCCUCUGACACGGAUUCGUGGAAGUGUCCUAUAUGUCUUGCUGAUGUGCGCCCGCAACACCUUGUGGUUGACGGCUUUCUGAAAGAUGUUCGAGACAAACUUGUUCACGAAGGCAAAAGUAAGGUUAGGACCAUAGUUGUGCACUCAGACGGCUCUUGGUUACCCAAAAUGGAGGACAAUAUCUCCUCGAGGCGAUCUACGCCUGAAUUGAAUGGGCCUGGUCUACCAGUUGGCGCUCCCAAUCUUCCUUUCAAUUCUUCCUCGCCGUUGAACAAGUCAGAUCCUAAGUCGAGCGCUGAUGGGUCGGCGACAGAGCCCAGGUUGUCCGCGCUCAAGAAGCGUGCUGUGGUGAUUGAUCUGUGCGACGACUAAAAUUGAAUGCCAGGUGUUUUGGGAGAAAUGGUGGCGUUAAUGUUUAUUUGUCGUGAUACCCCUAAAGAGGCACAGUAGUUAUCCUCAUGCUCCGGUUUUAUUUGGGGGACCUUUCCCGUACUUGCAUUACGUCAACACGGAGCGCUCACGAGUAUGCUAUCUUGCUCUUUAUACCAUAGGAAACCAUCAAUUAGUUCAAUUUUAUCCCAUUGAAAUUUCAGAUGCAUUCAACCGCU